AUGGAUGCAUUCUCUGCCAAACGCUACGGCUGCAGAGAUUCCGCCCUCACCUCCUCUUCCUCCGCCGCCAGCAAGAGCCAUAAAGAGUCGGAGCGCCGCCGCCGCCACCGUAUCAACGCCCACCUCUCCACCCUCCGCUCUCUCCUCCCCAAGCGCGUCAAGCCGGACAAGGCGUCGCUGCUGGCGGAGGCGGUGGACCACUUGAGGCAGCUGAAGAAGCAAGCAGGGCUGAACGGAGCUGAACCGUGGUGUCUGAUCCCGGGGGAAUCGGACGAGGCGACGGUGAGCUGUUGCGGCGGCGGAGAUGGGAAGAAGAAGAUGAUGAGAUUGAGCGUGUGCUGCGACGAUCGGCCGGGGCUGAACGGAGAUUUGAGCCAGGCGAUUCGGUCAGUCCGGGCGAGGGCGGUUCGGGCGGAGAUGGUGACGGUGGGUGGUCGGACGAAAAGCGUGGUGACGGUGGAGGCGGAGGCAGGGGACAAUGGCGGCGGUUGGGAGGAGGAAGACGUCAGGAUUCUGAGGAGAGCUUUGACCGCCGUGAUGAUGAACCGGGACUCGGGUUCUGGGCUGGGCCAUGUGGUCCGUGGGAACAAACGGGCCCGUGUUUCUUGA